AUGAGUGGACAGGCUGCCAGCUAUUAUAACGAGGGCUUCCCUCAGGGCCAGCCUCAGCCCCAGCCCAACUAUGGUUAUGACCAACAAAAUGGGAGCUAUCAACAGCCAAAUUACCAGCCUGCGCCAUACCCGCAGCCGAAUUACCAGCAGCCAACCUAUCAGCAACCUCCAUCUGAGCCCAAACCAGCGUCGCAGUACUAUCAAAAUGUCCCAGAGUCCGGACAUAGCUUUGACCAGGCGUUCAAGAUCGAGAAGCCCAAGUGGAAUGAUCUGUGGGCUGGUCUCUUGUUGAUUGCUGUCUUCCUCGGGUAUGUCGCUGUGUCAGGACUUACCAUCCACAAGUAUGCCACCGACAAAGGCUUCAAUGGAGGAGGGAUCUACGACUCGGCCAAUGAUUUCUCCCUGGACACCAACACCCUCGUCCUAUUUGUCUUCGUCCUCGUCGUCGCCCUGGUUUUAUCUUUCCUCUAUUUCAUGGGCGCAAGACACUUCACCAAGACUUUCAUCUGGGCGACCGGCAUUCUCAACAUCGUUUUCGCCCUCGCAACGGGAAUCUACUACAUCGCGCGCAAGCAAUACGGAGGUGGGAUCGUGUUCCUACUCUUCGGCGUCUUCGCGAUCAUCUGCUUCAUCAGCUGGAUCCCGCGUAUCCCCUUCACUGCCUUUAUGCUACAGACCGGCAUGGACGUAGCCCGCGGCUACGGACACAUCUUCCUAGUCAGCGCGGUAGGCGGAAUCGUCACAGUCGCUUUUGCUGCCUGGUUCUCCGUCACUAUGGUUUCAAUCUACGUAGCCUACGAGCCAGAUUCCGCUGGCACCAACCCGUCCUGCGCAAACGGCGGCUGCAGCAGAGGGAAAGUCAUUGGCCUUGUCGUCUACGCGACCUUCGCCAUGUAUUGGCUCAGUGAGUGGAUCAAGAACACGGUACACACCACUGUUGCGGGUGUCUACGGUUCGUGGUAUUUCUUCAGCAAGUCCGCCGGCGGCAUGCCCAAGCGCUCGACCCGGGGCGCCUUCCGUCGCGCGACUACAUACUCCUUUGGCAGUAUCAGUUUCGGCAGUCUGAUCAUCGCGUUCAUCAACAUGUUGCGGCAGGCGUGCUCGGUCGCACAGCGACAUGAGGCUGCGGAGGGUAACUUGGUCGGCAGUAUUCUUAUGUGGAUUUUGGGAUGUUUCAUCUCGCUGCUGGACUGGCUCGUUACCUUUUUCAACCGCUAUGCGUUCUGUCACAUCGCCUUGUACGGAAAGGCUUAUAUUCCUGCUGCCAAGGAUACCUGGUCUAUGAUGCGCGACCGAGGAAUUGAUGCUCUCGUGCAAGACUGCCUGAUGGGUCCGGUGUUGACGAUGGGAUCGACUUUUGUCGCCUAUGUCUGUGCGCUGUUGUCCUAUCUCUACUUGCAGUUCACCAACCCUGCGUACAACAGGGAUGGUAACUUCACCGCUGUCAUCAUGGCUUUCGCUUUCUUGAUUGGCUUGCAGAUCUGCCAGGUCUUCAUGACUCCCAUUGGCAGUGGUAUUGAGACUAUCUUUGUGGCUAUGGCCUGGGAUCCUCAGGUCAUGAUUAAUGACCACCCGGAUAUCUACUACAAGUUGGUGCAGCUUUACCCUAAGGUUCAGCAGGCAGUCCACGCUUGA